CGUCAGAUGCAUCAGACGGCAUCAAUCUGCUUCUCGUUAGAUUGGAACUUCCUGCACUGUCUUAUCACGCAAGACCAAGAAGACUGAACAAGGACUUAUUUUGUUGCUGUUUUAUUGUUAAAAUUAACCUGUGAGAUUUCUGAAGAUGGAAAAAGGAUUUCACUCACAGGAAUCAGCUCCACCAUACCCUGGCCCUCCCAUGGAUUAUGGCCAGCCAGCAAUGUAUGCUCCACCAACCUAUUCCACUCAACCAGGCUUCCCCGCUCAACCAGGUUUCUCCGCUCCGCCAGGCUAUCCCGUUCAACAAGGCGUCUCUGCUCCACAAUGUUUCCCCGCUCAACCAGGUUUCUCCGCUCCGCCAGGUUAUCCCGUUCAACAAGGCGUCUCUGCUCCACAAUGUUUCCCCACUCAACCAGGUUUCUCUCCUGCUCCUGCUGGUGUUGCUUUUGCUCCUGUACCUAUUCAACCAACAGUAACUCGUGUGGCAAUAUCAACUGCUCUAUAUGACGUUCCUGGACAGACCUUUUGUUCCCACUGCCAGGAAACAGUGAUCACCCGUACGGAGUCAGAGCCAGGAUUAUUGGCCUGGCUUGCUUGCGGAGGAUUGUGCUUUCUGGGGUGCUUCCUUUGCUGCUGUAUCCCAUUCUGCCUUGAUUCCUGUAACGAUGUGAAGCAUCAUUGUCCAAGAUGCCAGCAUGUCCUCUACAUUUACAAACGGAUGUGAAACUAGUCCCAUAAGGAACUGGAAAAAUUAGAGUUAACAUUUAGGUUGUCACAUCUCUUAUGCUGAAAAUUGUGAUUCUUUUUUUAUGUCAAAUUGUAUGAAAUGGUUUUUAUGCUGAAAUUAAAACAAACAAAGAUUUACAUCACAACAAAGAAACACGCAUAUCAAACAACCAGGCAUACACAGAUCCAUGCAUAAGGGCAGUUUAGAGUAUCCAUUU